GAGAGGUGACUUGACGGCCACGGACAGCACUACGGCUGAGUCUCUCUCCCUUCUCCCUCACAUCCAACAUCAUCAUCAUCAUCAUCAUCAUCAACAUCACCUUGUGUGGAGAGAGUGAUCAUGGACGUCAACGUGGCCCGUAGUCAGCGCCUCCUUGCCCGCACCCAAUAUGACCGCGUCCAGAAGGACGUCUCCUCGCUCGACGCUGAAAUCGCUGCGAUGGAAGAGGAAAUCCGUGCAGAAGAAGAGGCCAGAGCUUUAGAAGCGGCUUUGGGCUCAGACGACGAGGCAACCUCAUCGCUUGGAUCUAUCUCGUCGUCGUCGGACCUGCAUCCGAUGCUGACUCGCCCGGUUGACGGCUCAAGCGAUCUGUAUGUUCUUGUCCGAAAGCCAGGCACCCGCAAAGACACCAUCUCGCGCGACCGUUUCGGUCGCCCGCUCGUUAUUGCGGCGUCGCAGGCCGAGCGCGAGGCUACCUCUGACGGUCUGGUGUACCUGAAUGACGACGGACCCAGCACCGAGGUCGCAAGUCAGGACCGUCAUGCCGGCCCUAUGAUCGGCGCCGCGGCCAUGGGUGUGACUGGCUCACGGUUGAGCAUAGCCGAAGUGGUCGACGACGGCUCCUCGCUCCACACCAAGGAGCGGCUGCUGGCCAACGCUGCCAAGCGGUUCAACAAAAAGCCGGCCGAGUGUUGGCAGUACAUGGAGGAGCGCGGCCUGUUUGCUGACGGAGGCUCGCCGCAGGAGCGCGCAGGGUGGCUGCUUAAGCUCCCGGGCCUCAAAAAGUCGCAGAUCGGCGCAUAUCUCGGCUCGGACAAGCCGGGCAUCGACGAGGUUGUCACUGCGUUCUCGAAGCUGUUUGACUACGCCGACCUCUCGGUCCUCGAGGCUCUCCGCAUGUUUCUGGCCACGUUCCGGCUGCCGGGCGAGGCCCAGAAGAUCGAUCGUCUCAUGGAGUCGUUUGCCUCCCGCUACGUGACCCACAACCCGGGCCUGUUUGCCAACGCUGACACGGUCUACAUCCUCGCCUUUGCCCUCAUCAUGCUUCAGACGGACCUGCACAACCCGUCAAUCAAGCGCAAGAUGACCAAGGACGAGUUCUCCUCGCGGCUCCGCGGCAUCGACGGUGGCUCUGACGUCGACACACAGCUCCUCGCCGCGCUCUACGACGACAUUGCCGCCAACCCAAUCGCCAUGGAGGUCGAGGAUGAGACCGCCGCUACCUUUGCCGACGCCAACAAGAAGGGCUACCUCCGCAAGCGCGGCGGCCGCAUCCCGACCUGGCGCCGGCGCUACUUUGUCCUCACUGGCCACUGCCUCUACUACUUCAAGUCAGAGGAGGACCCGGCGCCCAAGGGCAUCCUUCCGCUCGAGUCGCUCGCCCUCCGCCUCUCUGACGUCAAGCCGCACGCCUUUGAGAUUUACUCGCCGACUCAGGACAAGAUCAAGACCGGCAAGCGGACCGGCGGAAAGAUGGAGGAGGGCCAUCACAAGUCGUUGCUCAUGGCGGCCUCGUCCUCUGAGGAGCGCGAAGAGUGGAUGGAUGUCAUUGCCAAGAACAUGGCCUCCUCGCCGUACCAGUACCUCGCCCGCUGCCGCGGUGCAGUCUGGUGACCACAACCUUGGGUAGCCGGCCGCCUGCUCUCACUGCCCGCGCCCGUUGGCUGCCGCCAGCGCUCCCUCGCCCUGCGCCAGCGUCC